CUCUUCGUUCCUCCCCUCUGCUCUAGCUAGACUUCAGUGUCUUGAUCUUCUUGAUCGUGUUAAGCCUGGCUGAUAAAUCAGAGCAUACACGUAUGGAGAAGAACAGGUUGAGCAACAACUUGAAAGACCAUGGUAUUGUCACUAGAGCCAUUAGAGAUUCGAACAACAAAAGAAUAAUCCACUGCAGCCAAAGCUGUGAAGAAGACUACAUCAAUGGCUUCUCAUGGCCUCCAAGGUCUUACACGUGUAGCUUCUGCAAAAGAGAGUUUAGAUCUGCUCAGGCUUUGGGGGGCCAUAUGAAUGUUCACAGGAAAGACCGAGCCAGGCUGAAAAACUCACCCCCAAUAGAUGGUCAGUACACUAGUACCAUUUUUAACCUUAACCUUAAACCUAACCCUAACCCUAAUUUCUUAUCAACAUCGUCACCAUCAUCAUCUUCCUCUUUGGUAUCACCAUUUAGUAGCUCAUUAUCACUACCCUCUUUGAUAUCACCUCCACUUCCUCCUCCUCCACCACCUAUAUUUUCGGUACCAUCUAGCGAAAAUAUGAAAUGGGUUGUGGGAGGCACCCUUUUUAAUCAUCCUUUAAACCUCAAAGCUUCGGAUUUAAGUACUAAAUUGAAGGGUGCAAAAUCUUUGUGUGGGGUUGGACAAGAAGAUCAAGAUGGGUGCAUAAAGACUUUGAAGAAGGCAGCCGAUCCUCAUCAAAUUCUUAGGUUGGACUUGGAGAUUGGUAUGUUUGGUGACACAAAUAAGGAGGACUUGGAUUUGGAGCUUCGAUUAGGAUACUCCUAGCUUUCACUAGCUAGCUAGUGAUGAACACUUCCAAGCAUCCUUUUAGUUAAGAAUGUAUGUUCACUUGGUUGAGAUCAACUUAUGAAGAGGCAAAAGAAAUGUUAAUUUUGGAGAUUCUUCAAUGUAAGAGAAUAUUAGUUAAAUUAGUUGUCUUAAUGGUCGUUGUCAAACUGCGUAUUCUCACAAC